CGGAAAAGACAAAAGGUUUCCCGAAACAUAGAAGUCUACUACUUCUCAACAUCUCCACAUGCUGCAUGCAGCUGCAUGCAGCCAUCGAGGGGAAGUUAUUUUAAAUAAACGCAUCACAAGCUCAAAUGGAGCAAACCUACGGGGAGGUGAAUCAGCUCGGGGGAGUUUUUGUCAAUGGACGUCCUUUGCCCAAUGCUAUAAGAUUACGAAUAGUGGAGUUAGCCCAGCUUGGGAUUCGACCCUGUGACAUAAGCAGACAGCUCCGGGUAUCCCAUGGGUGUGUGAGUAAAAUCCUGGCGAGAUACAAUGAAACUGGGUCGAUUUUGCCCGGCGCAAUUGGUGGGAGCAAACCACGCGUUACGACUACAAAUGUUGUAAAAAACAUACGGGAAUACAAACAGGGAGAUCCGGGAAUUUUCGCAUGGGAGAUCCGGGACCGUCUUCUCGCGGAUGGAAUAUGUGAUAAAUACAACGUUCCUUCGGUCAGCUCCAUUAGUCGGAUACUAAGGAACAAGAUUGGAAACCUCUCCCAGCCCAUCCAGUCCAGCAUCUCCAAUAACCAUAUAUACCCGUAUUCAUACCCCAAUGCAAUGUCUCCUUCCGGGACCAAAAUGAGCAACACAGCCGGUGUCCCUGUUACGGGUGGACAUGUAAGCAUUUCCCGUGGUUGGCCUUCAGCGCAUACGGUCAGUAAUAUAUUGGGUAUUCGGGCUUUCAUGGAUCCGACAGUUCACGUCCAGUCGGAGCAAAUUAUCCAUACGUUCUAG